AAGCAUUCUUAGCAUUCCUCGUUCCUUCUCAUUUGCUCUGCCCUUUUGUCUGUUUGUCACUCUUCCUGAAAGCCCUUGUCUCUGUCUUUCUCACUUCUCUACCACCGGUAAUGGAAGCCAAGCUAUUAGAAACUGCUAAACCAGGCACUCCAGCCCACAUUAUCUUUAAAUCUUCAAGACCCACUUUGCAUUUCGCCUCCCAGACCCCCCUUGAAUUUCUCCGAUCACAUUCUGGUGGGAAUGGGCUUCGCCCUCUUCAAGUUUCUUCUUCUUCUUCUUCUUCCUCCUCGCCCGUCAGAUGUGCAAGGAAGAAGAGGGUGGAUGAGAGUGAAACCUUAACUCUAGAUUGUAUAAGACACUAUUUAAUUCGACAAGAGGAUAGUAUAAUAUUUAGCCUUUUGGAGAGGGCUCAGUAUUGUUAUAAUGCAGACACAUAUGACCAUGAUGCAUUCUCCAUGGACGGCUCCUGUGGUUCUUUGGUUGAAUUCAUGGUCAGAGAAACUGAAAAGCUCCAUGCUCAGGUGGAUAGAUAUAAGAGCCCGGAUGAACAUCCUUUCUUCCCAGGGGAUUUACCUGAGCCGAUGCUUCCACCUUUGCAGUACCCACAGGUUCUGCAUCCCUGUGCUGAUUCAAUCAAUAUAAACAAUAUAGUGUGGAAUAUGUAUUUUAGAGAUCUUCUUCCCCGAUUGGUCAAAACCGGAGAUGAUGGUAACUGUGGAUCAGCUGCUGUUUGUGACGCACUUUGUCUACAGGCACUCUCCAAGAGAAUCCACUAUGGUAAAUUUGUUGCAGAGGCAAAAUUUCUAUCGUCCCCUGUUGCAUAUGAAGCUGCCAUUAGGGUACAAGACAGGGCUCGACUCAUGGAAUUGCUGACAUUUGAAACAGUGGAAGCUGCUGUCAAGAAGAGAGUGGAGACGAAGUCAAAAAUAUUCGGGCAAGAUGUAAAAUCAAGCCAAGAGGAAGAUGAGGGCGAUCCUGUAUACAAAAUCAAGCCAAGUUUAGUUGCCAAUCUGUUUGGGGAUUGGAUCAUGCCUCUAACAAAGCAAGUUCAGGUUGAAUACUUGUUGCGAAGAUUGGAUUAAACAAAAGAACAAGAUGGUGCUUGUUAUUUCUUCACAGCUCUGAGCCUCCGAGAUUCACUUGUCUGCAUUUCUGAAACCAUUUCCUAAAUGUAAAACUCAUUCAAAAAAUGUAUUGUUUUGCCCAGAUUAAUGUCCGGGCAUAUUAGCAUUUUUA